AUGAGCAGCCCACCAGCUCCACUUCUCGCUAAUGGUUGGCUAAGCAAGUUUGACUCUAUCCUCAAAGACGAUGCUGUACUGUAUUCAAGGUAUAUGGAUGAUGUUUUGAGAAACAUAGAACGUAAUAGAAUUGACGGAAAACUUCUACAAAUUAACGACCUGCAUCCGUCACUCAAAUUUACCAUUGAAAAAGAAGGGAAGAAUACGUCUAUACCUUUUCUGGAUAUGUUAAUUAUUCGUUCAAAUAACAAUUUAUCAUCGACAUGGUACACGAAAGCUACCGAUACAGGCCUGACGAUGAACUUUCAUUCACUGGCACCACGGAAAUAUAAACGGUCAGUCGUAUCCGGCCUAGUUCAUCGAAUACAUCGAGCGUGUAGCACAUGGUCGAAUUUUCACCAAAGUCUAGAAAAAGGUAAAACUGUUCUUGAGAAAAAUCAAUAUCCGAAAGCUUUCUAUGACCCGAUAAUUAAAAGUACGAUAUCUAAGAUUAUGGAAAAUAAUGAUAACGAGAAUCCUGAUGAAGAAAACGAGAAAGAAGAGUCUGAAGAGAAGAUGAUUUUCAUUCAAUAUCGUGGGCGAGUUUCGGAGAAAUUUGAAACUUCUAUGAGAAAGUUGAAUAUUCCGUGUAAAAUUAUUUUCCCAUUGAAAAAGUUGAAAAGUUCUCUGCCUCCAUUGAAACCUGUAAUUGAAAAAUGUUUCAAAAGUUGUUUGGUAUACAAAAUAGAAUGUCCACGAUGCAACUCGUGCUAUGUCGGACAGACGAGCCGACAUUUAAUCAAACGACUUAAGGAACAUAAAAGAACUGGUCCGGUGGGAAAGCAUUUCGACGAUUGCAAUAAUCUUUUAACAAUGGAAAAUGUAUCAAUUUUAUGUUCAUCAACGCGGAACGUUUAUCAUUUAAUGACUCUUGAGGCGCUAAUGAUCAAUUACAUCAAACCGAUUUUCUUACCUGAUGAUGGAUAA